AUAACGAAAUGUUUUCACCGUUUUUCAGAUUUAAUGACGACCAGAACUUUCCAACCAAAUACUCUGCCGGGAGAUUACAGCGUCGUGGGAAAGAAGGAUCCUUCUGCUGUUUCAAGUCUUUGAGAGAGCUCAGUCUGGCUUUGAAUGGAAUUUGCGACGUGACGUUUGAUGCUGCUGAGUUCCCUCAUCUAAAGGUUUUAGAUUUGUCCUUCAACCAUGUAUCAGCUCAGGGACUGGUUUCCCUCACUCGGCUUCCACGUCUCCAAACACUUCAUCUGACUGGAAACCAGCUWCAUCGUCUCCCUCCUACUUUUGGCUCCUCAGACUACGAUCAAGCUCUGCUGCCAGGUGAAGAYGGAGCCAGACAGUUUGAGGCUCUCGAAGUCCUGAUGCUCGACAACAACAAGCUGACCUUCGAAGUCUUCCACAGUCUGACGAACUUUACAAAACUCAAAUAUGUAAACCUGCAGGGGAACCGGAUUUCUGCAAUCCCACUUCUAAAAGUGGGGGACAGUUCAAAACUGGAGCAGCUUUCUGCUGAAGAUGAAGCCCAAUUUCACUCAAAUAUGGAUGAAUAUCUGAAGAUAAUGCAGACCAAACAGACAGAGGACAGUAAAGGAUGCAGUCUGCCUCUACCUGAGCUCCAGCAUCUCAAUUUAGCUGAGAACAAGUUUUCCACAGAAGAAGAUCUGAUUGGUGCAGCUCUGUUCCCAAAGCUCAGUGAAAUGAUUAUUCACUCCAACCCUUUGAUCACAAAGAAGAGAGGCUUGCCCAUGCUGACUUAUUACCUCCAGGAGAGACGAGGAAUAGAGAUAAAGAGAAACAAGGAGCAAAACAUCAAGAAUCGCCCACUGAAAUGGAAGGUGGAAGAAAACUUUCGGACGAUGUCGAAAAAGCCAUGUCUGACAGAUACGGUUUGUCCGAGAGGAACUCAAAAUGUCAAAUAUGGAAAGACAAUCCAAGAAACGACACAGUCUGAGGGCAGGAAUUCUACCAAUCUACAUAACGAUGCAAAACACUUCUUUAUUACUCAGGGAGAGGAUAAACUUGAGUUUGAACUUAUGUCUUCAUCAAAAAAGAAAGAAACCACAGAGAACAAGCAGAGAAACAGAACCAGCCCCAAAGAAUCCACAAUCAACAAAACGCUACAGAGUACAGAAGUGAAUCCUGAUGUGCUGAAGUCCGUCGGAAUUCAGACAGCUGUUCGGAUGUUAGAGCACAGACUGAGGAAUCUUAAUGUCUACAGAGACUCCAAACCAAAACUUGAUAGCAUCCAGACUCCAUACAGGCAGAGGGAAAAAAAGAUAAAGGAGCUGCCGCCCGUCAGACCAAAGAACCGGUCCUCUCAAAAGCUUGACGAAACGAUAAAGGAAAUUAAAGCGAGCACAGCAAUAACCGUAACCCCCUUAGCCGAGGCUUUAGGUGGCAAAGGUGCGAACAGGAAGGAGGCUCAGUCGCUGCUGAAGAACCUGCAGAUAAAACAUCAAAUGCUCUUUGAAAAAGCCUGGGCACUAACAGAGCAGAGCUGAACCAAUCCUCCUACCUGUGCAACGAUACAAUAAACCUGGGAGUGGAGUUGAUGAAAACCUCAUGGCCAUGGMAAUAAUAUUGAAGAUGUUUGGCUAGUUACUCACAAGGCAUGUUAUGGCCUUCUUUACAGGUACAAUCGCAAAUAAAAACAAAUUAAAUGGA